AUGAGACUUACAAACUUUCUGUCAGUUGUGCUGGCGUGUUUAACGCUACAAAUUGUGACCGCAGACCCCUCGCACACCAACAAUUGGGCCGUUCUGGUGUGCACAUCUCGAUUUUGGUUCAACUAUAGACAUAUGGCAAAUGUGCUCAGCAUGUACAGGACAGUCAAACGACUGGGUAUACCGGAUUCGCAGAUCAUUUUGAUGAUGAGCGACGACGUGGCGUGCAAUUCAAGAAACUUGUUUCCAGGAAGCGUUUUCAACAAUCAAGAUCGAGUUCUCGACUUGUACGGGGAAUCGGUGGAAGUGGACUACAAAGGCUACGAGGUAACAGUGGAAAACUUCAUCCGGCUGUUGACCGAUCGUUGGGGUGAAGAACAGCCGAAAUCCAAACGUCUUCUGACGGACGAAAACUCCAACAUUUUCAUAUAUAUGACAGGACAUGGUGGGGCUGAUUUUUUGAAAUUCCAAGACGCAGAGGAAAUCGCUUCGCAAGACAUUGCAGACGCCUUUGCUCAGAUGCACGAAAAAAAGCGUUACAACGAGAUCUUUUUUAUGAUUGAUACAUGCCAAGCCAAUAGCAUGUAUUCGAAAUUCUACUCGCCAAACGUAUUGGCAGUGGGGUCCAGUAGAUUGGACGAAAGCUCGUACUCGCACCAUUCUGACGUGGAAGUCGGAGUCGCCGUCAUCGACAGAUUCACUUAUUACACGCUCGACUUUAUGGAAAAUAUUGCCAAGAAUUCUUCGUUAACUUUGCAAGAUCUCUUUGAUUUCUAUACCUUUGAGAAAGUACACUCACAUGUUGGUGUCAGGACCGAUUUAUACAGUAGAGAUCCAUCCGAAGUGCUGGUCACUGAUUUUUUUGGAAGCGUGAAGCACAUUGUCAAAGACACGCAUAAUCAAGAAAAUGACUUUCUUGCGGUUAACGAUAGCCCUGACGGACAAGACAAAUAUGCAGAGCAUAUUGUUAACCUAGCGAUAGACAAAUCGAAAAAUAAUCCGUUGGAAAGCUCAAAAAAUUCACCAGUGAGCAAAGCAAAUAUAAUGAAGUCAGAGAAAAGUGUUGUGACGUUCGACAAAUCCAAAGCGAAUAAUAUGUGGACAACCGCAGUGCCUUUCAGUCUUCUCUUUAGCGCUGUUGUAUUAGCGAUUGGCACUAAGAGCCAAAAAGCGGUCUAA